AUGGCUGAGGAGCCUUGCCAUCGCGUCUACGUCCGUGGCUUCGACUUCGGCACCGGGGAGGACGCGCUUCGUGAGCACUUCUCCCAGGUUGGUCCAGUGACCUCCGUGGAGUUGUGGGGCCGAGGUGCCGCCGCCGUGACCUAUGCCACUGCCGAGGCUGCCCAGGCUUCCCUGACGCUUCACCGGAGCACGGUGCCGGGGAACAAGCGCUUUGUCGAAGUCAAGCUGGAUGAUGACCCGACGGCCGGAAAGCCAGGAUCAAAAGUGCUCGUGCGCGGCUUCGACUUUGGAACUACCGACGAGCAGCUGAAAGAGCAUUGCUCCAAAGCCGGUCAAAUUGCGAACUUGCAGUGGGUCUCCAAGGGAUCCGCCCUUGUAACCUACAGCUCACCACAAGAGGCCGAGAGCGCGGCCCAGAUUCUCAACAAGACAACCAUCGAGGGCAACAAGCGCUUCAUUGACGUGAUGCAAAAGGACGACAACUUCGACCCGCGCAGGAUGAUGAUGGGAAUGCCAAUGUUCUGGUAUGCCAACUUCGCUCGCGCGUACUGGGGCAAGGGCAAGGGGAAGGGCAAGAGCGACAAGAAGGAGGACCCUCCAGGCUCCGGACGAGUGUUCGUGCGCGGCUUUGACUUCGGAACCACCGACGAGCAGCUGAUUGCGCACAUGUCCACAGCGGGUGAGAUUGAGACGGUCCACUGGGUGUCCAAGGGCUCCGCAAUUGUCGUCUACAAGGAAGCAGCCUGUGCCGCAAACGCCGUCGCAAUGUUGCAGAAAAGUGUCAUUGGAUCAAACACCCGUUACAUCGACAUCGUGCUCAAGGAUAGUGAGCUGCUGCUCUUCAGUCUGACAUGGCAGGCAGCCAGGCCAGCCCAGUGCCGCGAAAGCCAAGCGCUGAACUGGACAGCGGUGCGUGAGGACCUUAUCACCUACUCCACUCUGGCGGAGCCGGUGAUGCGCAGCCGGCGCUGUUUCGGUUUGGACCAAGGCGUUUGGUCCUACUGCACCCCGGCUGGAGAACUCUAG